AACCAGUAAAUUUCACAAUGUACAUGCCACACUUUGCAGUAAUAGAUCCAGUGCGAACCUGGACGAACGUUCAACGUGUCUUUACGAAGCUACGACAAAGAAGACGAAAUCUACAGAUUAUUUUAUACGAUAAGACUAUAUUUUUAUUAUUUUCCUUUAAUUUCUCAAAUUUUUUGACCACAAUUCGUUUAUAUAUGAAGAGAUAAAUUGUAAAGAUAGAUGAAUUAGUCGCUUUAUUAGUCACUUUACUGAGCGUGCUAAACUUUAAAGUCUCAAAAUUUAAACAGCUCAUCGUGAAAUCGUGAUUCCACAGGAGAGUGUGUGAAUUUAACGUAUUCGAUAAUAUCGAACUGAUAGAAGAAUUAGUGAAAGCAAUGAGUUCAAACAUGUCAUUUGCUUUCUUACUGAUAGUUUUAAGUGUGAGCUUUUAUUUCGGUUCAACUUACGCCUCUACGCAGUCACCCAACAUUGUCGUUAUCAUGGCAGAUGAUCUUGGAUGGAACGAUAUUAGCUUUCACGGAGCCGAUGAGAUUCCUACUCCGAAUAUAGACGCCCUUGCGUACAACGGCGUGAUAUUAAAUCGACAUUAUGUAAUGCCGAUGUGUACACCGUCAAGAGUAGCUUUCCUCAGCGGGCGACAUCCCCUAAGGACAGGUAUGCAGGGCUAUCCCUUGAAAGGAGCUGAGCCACGUGGUCUGCACUUGAACGAUACUCUUUUACCUGAGUAUCUUCGUAAACUCGGAUACAGUACUCAUCUCUUAGGGAAAUGGCAUGUUGGUUAUCUCACGAGAAAUUACGUACCCACUCGUCGUGGUUUCGACACUUUCUUGGGAUAUUUCAACGGCGUUAUUCAAUACUUCAAUCAUACAAUAGCCGAAAAUGAACAAGUAGGCUAUGAUUUGCACCGUAUCGUAGGCGACAAUCACACAGUUGAAUAUAGAUAUGACUACAUGACUAAUCUUAUAACCGAGGAGGCUGAAAAUAUUAUUUCAUCUCAUAAUACUGAGAGGCCCAUGUAUCUGCAACUAGCGCAUCUCGCUCCACAUGCUAGCGAUGCCGAAGAAGCUAUGGAAGUAUACGAUUGGAGAGAAACGAAUGCCACCCUCGGCUACAUUGAAAACGUGAACAGAAGGAAGUUUGCAAGUGUCGUUGCUACAUUAGAUAAAUCUGUCGGUCGGGUGGUUGAUGCUCUAAACAAGAAAGAUAUGUUAAAGAACACAAUCAUACUUUUUAUAAGCGAUAAUGGAGCGCAGACCGAAGGUCCAUUGUAUCAAAAUUUUGGAUCUAAUUAUCCAUUACGAGGGUUGAAAUCCUCACUAUACGAAGGAGGCGUUCGAGGUGCGGCGUGCAUUUACUCACCCUUGAUUGAAAACUCGUCGAGGGUCUCAACGCAAUUAUUUCAUAUUACCGACUGGCUACCCACGCUAUACUCCGCGGCUGGCGGUAAUUCAAGUGAUUUGAACCAAUUGGAUGGCAUUGACCAGUGGUCCACGAUCAAAAGACAAGAAACUAGCAAACGGAAAUCGGUUGUCAUAAAUAUCGAGGAUGUUGACUAUAGUGCUGCAUUAAUGGGACGUUACAAACUCGUUCAAGAUAAGUCCGACUUUCAGAAGCACUAUACUGAUUAUAAAGGUAACGACCCGUCGUAUCCCAAGUAUAACGUGACAAAUGUAUUAGAGUCACCAGCCACAUUGGCCAUUGCAAGUGUUUCAAAUUACGUAGUAACUGCAAGUAAAAUAGAAGAGCUCCGAAAAGAGGCCACGGUAAUUUGCGAGAACCUUACGUUCACUGAUUGCAAGAAUUACACUUGUUUGUUCGAUAUUUAUGAAGAUCCUUGCGAAGUUACGGAUAUAUCCUUGCAGUAUCCUGAGAUCGUGCAGAGUUUGAACGUGCUCAUCGACUGUUAUAAAAGGCUGGGCUACGAAGAAGCGAUCAGUUUAGCUGUCGAUCCUGCUGGCUAUCCGUCCAACUUUAACAAUUACACUUGGAUACCGUGGUUGCCGGACGACUAUGUGUCGAGCAACGAAGUAUAUUUUACGAUAAAUGGAGCUACGCGGAAUUAUAACAAUUUUAUUUCGAUCUUGUCUGAGGACGUUUGCGAUUCUGCUGAAGAGCUCGACUGA